AUGAUGAAUUUUAAAGAAUCCACAAUUUUAUUCUCCAUUCCUAAGUUUAAGGAGAAACAAUUUAUAUUUAAUAAAUUCCUCAAUCGUAAUUAAAAUAAAUGGGAGGAAGACAUGAUUGCUUAUAUUGCAAAUAUAUUAAAUUAAAAUUCCAAUUUUACAGUCUAUGAAUAUGAGGUUAAUGAAAAUAAUGGGGAAUAACUUGAUGGAUUGUUAAUUGAAGACAAUAAAAUCACGAAGACUGUUAAUAUAUCAAAAUAAUUAAGGACUUGGUAUGAAAAUGUCUAAAUAAAGAAAUAAUGUAAGGAAUAACUAAAACAAAGGUUUUUAUAAUUAUUUCCAAAAUAAAAUAUUGAAGAUAAAGAUUAUAACAUCCAAUCAAAGGAAUAUGUAAGAAAUAACUUUAAAGAAUAAUUUCACUUAAUUCAUAAUAGAAUUUGUAAUUCACCAUAAAUUAAAUGCACUAAGUAUACCUUAAUAAAAUUUUUUUGUUAAAUCUCCUUAGAUUCAGAAUUUCUUAUUCACUAUCAGAAAGGAUUAAAAAUUAUUUCUUUUGUUCAAAAAAUAUUUAAGAGAAACGAUAAUCCUAAUGAUCAUGAAUUGGAAAACUUAUAUAAUGAAGUUUAAAAUUUCUUAGACUCUUUAGAAAAUAAGUGCCAUCAGAAUUUUAGUAGAAAUAUUGAUGGUCUAUUAAUAAUAUGA